UCUAAGAGAAUUAUCUCUCUCAGAUGUUUGUGAUUCAAGUAUCCUGCCAUUUAUUGGUAAUCGCUGUAAAAAUUUAACAAUCUUGGAAUGUAAAUUUGAUGAUAAUUCCUUCAUUAAUAAUGCUGAUCACUUUGUUCAAGCAUUUACACAGUUGGAUAAAUUAAAAUGCAUUAAAAUAACGUUGGAUUACAACUACUUGGAAGAGAUAAUUAAUCUCUCUGCAAUAAUUAAUAGUCUUCCAGAUGAAAUUAAUGAAAUUCAUUUAUUUUCUAAGUCUCUUCGUGUCUGGAAACAAAAUAUUUCUAUAAGUGGUGAAAAAUUUAAAAAUCUUCAAAAAUUAACAUCAGUUGGCCUCCCUCUAGACAACAUGAAUCUUCGAGAAAUAACAACACUUGUAUAUCUUAAAAUUGGACUAUAUGAUGAUCAUGUACAAAGAAAUUUUUCUUUGUUUAAUAAACUCAUCAAUUUGGAAUAUAUCGACCUGAUGAUGAACAUGAUGGAUUAUAAAGGGGAAGAAAUGGUUAACUUCUCGACAAAAUUACUCAAUACUAUUUUUAGUACAUGCAAAAAUUUAAAACAUCUUGAUAUUACACCAGGUCCUUAUAAUGUUGCUAAAAUUCCUUUUGAGAAAUGGAUAAACUUUCAAAAUUUACAACAUCUUGGAAUUUCUUGUCUUUUAAUGCCUGACUUAGCAAAUACAAUUGUUAAAUAUUGCAAGAAUUUAAAACACUUGAGGAUCCAUAACCUUCAGCGAGAUAUUAAUGAUACUGCUUUAAAAAAGUUAACAGAGUUGGAAAAUCUUGAAAGUUUAAUAUUGGAUCGUCUAAUUGAGCUUUAUGAAGAAUCAAUAAUUGCUAUUUCAAACAAUUGUAAAAAACUUAAACGUUUAGAGAUUUUUGGUUGCAUCAUAUUAUCAUCAAUUAAUAAUAUUGAAAAUUGCAGAGCUAUUACUGAAACAGCUCUCGUUGGUUUAACAAACUUGAAGAAAUUACAAAAACUAAAUGUAACAUUUCUUGAUAUUUCAGACAGCAUUAUUAUCGAAUUAAAAGGCUUAAAAGAAUUGGAUUGUGCUUAUUGUCAGAAACUUACUGAUUCUGGUAUUAUUCAAUUUAUAAAAAAUAAUCCAGAUCUUGAAUUUCUUAAUGUCUGCUCUAUUGAUAAUAUUACAACUGACUUGGUUAUUGCUGCUAAUCAGGCAACUAAAAAUCGUACAAAUGGUAUAAUUUUACACAUACGAAUAUCUGAUCAGUCAAUAUUACAAGCUGCUAAGUCAAUAAUUAAAUCUCAAUGCUCUAUAGUACCAUCUAUUCAUACUGAGCCACUGUCUUCUCCAUUUGUUCUUGAUGAGUUAUCAAAAUUACAAUGCCUUGAACAUCUAAACUUGUGUUAUGUAAAAAAUCUUAAUGAUAGUACAAUUACUGCUAUUGCUAAUAAUUGUAAAAACCUAAAAAGUUUAGAUAUUGAAAGUUGCAAAGCUAUUACUGAAACAGCUCUCGUUGGUUUAACAAACUUGAAAAAUUUACAAAAACUAAACGUAAGUUAUCUUGAUACAAUUACAGACAGCUUUCUUAUUAAAUUAAAAGGAUUAAAAGAAUUGGAUUGUUCUUAUUGCAAGAAACUUACUAAUUCUGGUAUUAUUCAAUUUAUAAAAAAUAAUCCAGAUCUUAAAAAGAUCGAUGUCUAUGAUCUAGAUGGGAAUAUUACAAGUGAUAUGGUUAUUAGUGCUGAUCAGGCAACUAAAAAUCGUACAAAUGGUAUAAUUUUACACAUACGAACAUCUGAUCCGGCAAUAUUACAAGCUUCUAAGUCAAUAAUUAAAUCUCAAUGGUUGGCUAUUGACUCUAUUUAA